AUGGCAGUGAGCGUGGCCCCGGGGCUGCCUCUGCUCCCCGUGCUCCUGGUGCUGGCCGCCGCCACCCCCCCGGCUGCUGGAGUCCUGUGCGUGCCCUGCCCUGCGAUCGAACCGGGAACCUUGACGUACCAGGAUGACCCUGUGGUCAGCAGAGCUACCGGCCGGGCCCUGGGCUGUCAUUUGAGAGAGACGGUGGAGAGCCGGGGGGCGGGGGGGGGUCAGGGUGCCCUGCAAAGGGCCGGCUGCUCCAGAAGAAAGAAAGCCCAGCUCCAGCUGCCCCCGCCCGACCCUGGCGGUGGGGAGAGGGCACAGGCCGCCUGGCCUCUCGGGGCCUCCAGGGACCCUUCAGAAUCCAGACCCGAACCGCCCUCCCCCCCUGAGCUGGCGCCUGGAGCAGCUUCAGGCUCCCACCAGGGGCCUCGCCUGUGGGGACCUGUCCGCGGGCCCUUCUCCCUGCCGCCGUCCCCUGCAGAGGGGGGCUGCCCCUCCGCCCGGCCGGCGGUGACAGUGCGGGUCCUCCCUGCAGAGGUGAGGCAGUCCCCCCUCUACACGGUCACCCCAGAGGGGGGCUCCAUCAACAUCACCUGCUCCGUCCGCGUGAACGGGACCCUGCUGGGGGUCCACCUGAGGCAGAGCCACCUGCCAGCUGUGCGGAAGGUGACGUACUACGACGAUGAGAACACCCCCACUGUGGAUGCGCGGUUCCGGGGCCGCGUCGUCUUCUCGGGGACCAUGGACAACCUGACCAUCACCAUGCAGCGCCUGCGGCCGGCGGACACCGGCGCCUACUUCUGCGAGGCCAUCGCGGAGGACGGGCAGGGCUGGGGCGCCGGCACCACGCUGGUGGUGACAGACACACUGUCCCCAGCAGCCAGCGCCUGCCCCGGGACUCAGCCGACCGGCUUCACCUUCCCCGUGGCCCUGGCCCUGGGCUGCCUCCUGGUCGUGCUGGGCCUGGCCGCCAUGUGUGUGCUGAAGCGGAGGCAGAUCAGGAACAUGUGCUCGGCGAGGGACAGGAGCACGGCCUGUGUGAUCUAUGAAGACAUGUCCUGCAGCCGCCGGAACACCAUCUCCAUCGCCAACCACUACCAGUGAGCCAGGCCCCCGGCCUCUGCCCCGCGCUGCUCCUGGCGCCUCCUCCAGGAAGCUCUCCGUGCCUGCCUCGCACCCUCAAGGCUGCCCUGCUCACCCCGUGGACUGCCCCCGGCCCCUGGGAGCCGCCAGAGACCAAGCCGCCCUUCCCCUCACACGGACCAGCUGGGCUCAGGCCGGGGGCGCGCCUGGCCGGUGGACUGUGCUGAGCCACCUGCCCUGACCCAGGCUUGCCAGAAGUGAAGGGCUUCUCUCCUCCCCUCGUGGACUCCAGGGUCCCCUCUCAACCAGACCUGGGCUCCUCGAGACCAGGGGAGCCGCCUCACAAACCGCGAGGAGGCGGGAGUCCGCCGGGCACAGGGGGCUGGGGUCCGAGCAGCCAGGGCCGGGGCUCAGCUCCUGCAGCGGGAAGGGCUGGCGAAGGAACCCGAUGCGAAAUCACAGGUGCAAAGUCGGGCACAAUAGCCAGCUGGGCCCUUGCAGGAGGCAACCCAUAGAUGUUUCUCUCUCCUCCUCCUCCUCCUCCUCCUCCUC